UAUGACUGUAUGGCAAACCAAAUUCUUUGUAUGUUUUUACAUACUUGGCUAAUAAAUUAAUUACAAUACAAAUGACGUGACCACUUAUUUUCCAAGCCACUUCCUUGUACAUUUCUCCCACUGCUCCUUCAACAAACCGUCCUCUCUUCACAAUGCUCCACCUUCUUACACCCAACUGGAAAGUCGACACUCUGACUUGCAAUGAAACAUUCCCCGCAUGCUCAAUGUUUUCUUUAACUAACAGAGGUAUUCAAACAAUGUUUCUCCAAGCUCAACUAUGAUACUAUCUCUGUUUCGAUCUGAAUGGUCCACACGUCUGCUGGGGAGUAGCCAGGCCAGUACUCCAGUGGAGGAGGUGUAUUGGGCAGGCGAACAUGAACUGCCCUUGCAUGGAGAUGGUGUGGACUUGAUGGGCCGCAACCAUUGAACGCUGCGCCCGUUCUGUGAUUCUGCAACUCCAACAUUUUCUAUUUUUAUUUUGGAUCAACUAAUAACAGAUUCUCCGAUGUUGUGACUGGUCCUGUCAUGUCGAAGCGACUGGGGCACUGAGGGGGCAUGAGGAUGAAAGCCGAGGUGUCGGACAUGAGCCAGUGGAGAGAGGUGGAUUUGGAGGAGAAGUGCACCUAUGUUGUACAUGACCAAGCAAGGGACCUUUCCAAAUCUACUGAAAUCCCUUGGGCCAGAGCUUCCAUACCCCGAAACCUUACCUUCAAAUAUGCAAACGCCAAUGAGCAGGUGAUCGGAGUGUUCAGUAAAGAAUACAUCCCCCAAGGAACACGCUUCGGGCCAUUGGUUGGGGAUAUCUACACCAAAGACAAUGUCCCAAAGAACAUAAGCAGAAAGUACUUCUGGAGGGUUUAUUCCUCCGGGAGGCUGCAUCAUUUUCUGGACGGCUACAGCGAGUGCAAGAGCAACUGGAUGCGAUACGUCAACCCUGCACACUCGGCUGCCGAACAGAACCUGGCCGCCUGUCAGAAUGGCACCGAUAUUUACUUCUACACCGUCAAACCCAUCCCGUCCAGCGACGAGCUGCUGGUGUGGUACAGCCGCGAGUUUGCCGAGAGGUUGAACUACCCUCCGACCGGCGACAUGGUGAUGCUUAAGCUCAAACAAAACCUUAAGGGAUACAAGGAUCUGGUGCCUGAAUACACUGGCCAGCUACCUCAGAGCCAAGAAGACAUUCACGAAGGCCAAAAACACAAUGCUAACAACACAAAGAACGAGGACGAAAAAGUGGAUGUAGAGAUGAUCGAAAGAGAUACCCCACCCACCACGCCAGACGACCAAAUAAUGGACUUCAGUAAAAAGCUUUGCCCUGAUGUUGUGCGAAGCCCUGUGCCAGACAAACACAGUUCAACGUUCAAUGACGUUAAAGAUGAUGAGAGACGAGUGGACAGAAACAGUAGAAACCAAAGAUCCGAAUGUUCUGUUAUUCAGCAAACACCUCGUAUUCCAUCUCCUCACUCGACUACCUCGCCUCCCAAUAAAUUCCCCGUACCCGUGAAUGGAUAUCAUAACCAUGCUGAGGGCUUGGUCUCCUACCCAAUGUACUCGCCUCCCAGCCACCUCCCGUAUCAGCCCAUGUAUCCAUACAGUGCUCUGCCUCCGCACUAUGCAAGAUUUAUAUUGCCCAACUAUUCGCCUGGAUUCAACGGCCUUCACCCGCUGAACAGUCCAGCCACUUUGAACAACAUGAGCAAUCUCGGCCUGUUUGGCAGGAUGCCCCCAGUGUGUGGGGGGUUUGCGGCAGGGGACUGCCUCUUCCAUCCCAUGAUGAAUCGGACUGCGUUGCCUGUCAUGGUCCCUACCGAAGAAGGCCGAAAGUGUCACCUCUCUGAGCAGCCACGAGGGGUUCUUAUCUCCGCUCCCACAAGCGCCUUCUCGCCCUUGGCUCCAGGAGUGGGCUUGAAGGAAAUGCCUCUCACCCGGCCAACCCCUUCAGGUACCUCAAUGAACUCUGAACUGAAAGCUACCUCAUGGGCUCCAGCGAGUGAAGAAGCAAUGAAUUUGAGCAAACCAAAGACUUCUCCUGCAGAUUUCCCGGGUUACAAGUCACUUCCCUAUCCACUAAAGAAACAGAAUGGGAAGAUCAAGUACGAGUGCAACGUGUGUUCCAAAACAUUUGGUCAACUCUCCAACCUAAAAGUGCAUUUGCGGGUCCACAGUGGAGAAAGACCGUUCUCCUGCAACACUUGCAGUAAAACCUUCACACAGUUGGCCCACCUCCAAAAGCAUUACCUUGUACAUACUGGAGAAAAGCCACACCAGUGCCAGGUUUGCCACAAACGUUUCAGCAGCACCAGCAACCUGAAGACUCACCUCCGCCUUCACUCUGGAGAGAGGCCCUAUCACUGCAAGCACUGCUCGGCUAAAUUCACCCAGUUUGUCCACCUCAAGCUGCACAGGCGCUUGCACAGUAAGGAGCGGCCGCACAAGUGUCACCUCUGUUCCAGGAGCUACAUCCACCAGUGCAGCCUGAAGAUCCACCUCAAAAGCAGCAGCUGCAUGGCGUCAGAGACCAAAUGGUCCAAGGAGGAGCUCCUCAAGAUCGACGAUGAAAUCAAUAGGUUCGACAUGAGUGAAAAUGCCGAGAGAUUGGACAAUGUUGCCACGGGAACAGAGAUGGAGGUGAUAACCGAGCAGCUUAUAGUCCAUGGUCUGGAUGCAGGUCGCAAAGAGGACCAAUUCAGAGCAGCAGGUCACAAGAACAAUGGAGACAGCCAUCCACCCUCUAACCUCCAUGAAAGGACCAAGACCAAUCUACUGCAAUUUCACCAGGGUCCAGCAACACUGCAUCCCGUCAGGUUCAAACAAGAAGCCAGUCUAUAAUUGUGUAACAGCCAUGUGUUGGGACUAAUUCAAUGAACUCUUCUCCAAAAUUGGUACAUAUUGACAGAAAGAUGUUGGAUAAACUGGAAGGGAGAUUCAUAACAUUGUCAUGUUGAUCCUAGAAAAAAAAAGUGUUUCAAGACUCUUUCUUGAGUGCUUUGUUUAAACUUCUUGAAGGAGUAGUCUGUUUUAUGCGAUCUGACAAAUUGUUAAUUGAUGCUUACAUUUCUUAUGAGUUUUUAUGCGUUCAGUCAGACCAAAAAGGAAGCCUCCUAACACAUGGCCAUUGUUGGGUCAGGUGUUAGACCCAAUCUUUGCUGUGAUAACCAGUUGUGCUUUCAGUGCUUUCUCAGGGUGUGUCAGAUGUAUUUAUGCAACAGAAAAUGGUAUAUAUUUUUUAUCAGUUAAGAGACAAUCAGAUACAAAUUUAUUCUUCUAUGCCUAUAUCUUAUUUAUUAAGAAACAGAACAUUCUCUUUAUAAAAAAAUAAAGUUCACAAUUGCAAAAAAAAUGGGGAUUCACUGAUGUCUAUAGUACGUUCAAUGAGAAAAUAAUGUAACUAUUGAAAAGUCUUCUUGCAAAUGGACAUGAUGAUGAUAUGUCAUUCGUAAGCCUUGGCAUCCGUGUUGGUGUCUUUGAAUCUAUUGCGUGCUGCUCAUGGCAUUGUGGCUGGCUCAAGAUUUUGUGAAGGCAAUCGGGUGUGACACGGUAUUAGACAAAGAUCCUACAGCGAGCAAGAUAGAUCACUCGACGAAAAAGACGUAGUACGGUCAUGGGCAGAUUCAGGGGUAAUUUUCGGCCCCAUUUCCGUAACCGGCUUCCGUCUCAGCACCAAAGAUCCCGUAGCGGAGCAAAGAUACUAGUGCGGAGACGGAAGCCGGUUACGGAAACAUCCUCGUAAAAAUAAAAGUUCUUUGGUAAAAAUCUUCUCCUCAUUUUCAGAAAUAUAAUUUAACACAUUAACACAAACUGUUCCCCCGCAACGUUGAUUACACUGCGAGUCGGGUCGGGUUACUGAAAUGGAUGAAAAAAGGCCCACGUUCCACUCCGUUGCGUACUACACGUCAGCCCAUUGCAUUUAGCAGGAGUGGUCUACCUUGCUCCGCUAUAGGAUCUUUGGUAGUACAGAGCUAGACCUCCAGGGGCUGAGAAGAUCAAAUCUUGUAUAAAGACAGGCAAAUGAAUCCAACCAGCUAAUUGCACUCAUAUAUUCACAAAAGUCAAACUCCUGAAGUGUGGCUGGAAAGGUGACCUCUGCCGAAAAUUGGGAUUUGGGAAUGUGAAGGAUGGCACUUCCUCCACGAAUCUCUUUAACUGGGAGCUCAAUGUUGAUGAUAUUUGGUCAGAAUGUGGUGCAAUGGAAUGGAAUGGAAUUGAGGAGUUGUUUUUUAAGGGAGAGGUAAGGCAACAAGCCUUCAGCGGCCUGUCCUUGUGAAAUGGAUCUAUUUUCCUUUUUGUAUUUUCCUCGAAAUACUCCUCAUCAAUCUUCCACUAUUUUGACUGCAUGUGAUUAGCAGUUCAGGGAUUUUCACAAUCCUCCCUCGUCUUUAAAGCUUUAUGAUGGUAAUCGUAGAGAUGGUCCACAAUCCUGCUCCACCAUAAUAUUGAUACUCCUUCAGUUGGCUGUAGUUAGAACAUAGAGCAUAGAACAGUACUGCAUCAGAACAUGUCUUUUGGCCCACAAUGACCAAGCUCAGCCUGAUGCCAAGAUAAAUCUAUCUCAUCUGCCUGUACAUGAUCCAUAACUCUCCUGUGUAUUCCCUACAUAUCCAUGUGGCUAUCUAAAAGCCUUUUCAACACCACUAUUGCAUCUUCCUCCAUCACCCCUGGUUGGGAAAUUUCCUCACUCAUAGCAUCUAAAUAAAACCAAUCUUGCCUCUUUAAUACCUAAUACCAAUGUUAACAUUGGUUAGUGAAGGAUUGCAACCAUGCAUUCUUACGGUGGAUGUACUUGAAAAAGCAUUGGUACUGGAGUUGUCAGUUUCUAAUGCCAGUUACUAUCUAACUGAGGGCAGGGCAGAGGAGGUAUCCCGCUUCUAAUGCUGUCGCCAUCGAGGAGCUGAGUAAGGACCUCCACAAAUCUGAAGGACCUUGUAGCUGAUUGAAUGAUGUUGACAUAUCACAUUGAAGUUGAUAGGAAAGGAAAACAAGAAAUCUAUAGAGUGUGCGUGCAGUUGCAUCUCUUGAUGCUUGCCAAACUGGAGGUGGGUGGCUGCAUCUGUGCAGGAGGAUCAUUUAGACCAGUCAUAAGAAUACCAAAAAAAAACCCUUGAGGGUUAGACUUGGCAAGGAUGUGAUUUAAGCAAGUUUUA